UUUGUUUUGAGUAUGUCGGGGCCUUUACAGGCAAGCCCUCUUUCAGUAGAUUAGUGGGAAGUAUUAAACAUACAUGUUGCUAUUGUAAAGUAUUGAUGUAUGUUGUUUUGUGCCAUUAAAAUAGUUCUCUUUCUGUUUUAGACCUGAUGCUGCUGAAAGAGAAAAGUGAGGAACUAAAUGAAAUAAAGGACAAAGAUCAGUAUAAGAAACAUGAUUUCACGGGAGACAAUUUCUUUAGUUACUCACAAACUAAACAGACUUCAAAAAAGAGAGCUCAAAAGACAGGAGCUAGGAGUCAUUUCAUCUGCCAACAGUGUGGAAAGAGUUUCACUAAAAAAGGAAGCCUUGAAAUUCAUUUAAGAAUUCACACUGGAGAGAAGCCUUACACCUGCCGACAAUGUGGAAAACGUUUCAAUAAAAAAGGAACCCUUAAAAGGCACAAUAGAAUUCACACUGGAGAGAAGCCUUACACCUGCCAACAAUGUGGAAAAAGCUUCACUCAAAAAGGAACACUUAACAGGCACAUUCGAAUUCACAAAAGAGAAAAGCCAUACACCUGCAAACUGUGUGGAAAUGGUUUCAUUCGAAAAGAAAGCUUAGAAAUCCACAUGAGAAUUCACACUGGAGAGAAACCUUACUCCUGCCAACAGUGUGGAAAGAGUUUCUGUCAACUAGGAAACCUCAAAAUCCACAUGAAUGUUCACACUGGAGAGAGCCUUUUCAACUGCCAACAAUGUGGAAAAUGUUUCAUUAAAAAGGGAAACCUUGAAGUCCACAUGAGAAUUCACAAUGGAGAAAAGCUGUUUGUAUGCCCUAAGUGUGGAAAGAGUUUCUCUCAACAAGGAAACCUCAAAGUCCACAUGAGAAUUCACAGCGGAAAGAAGCCUUUCAUCUGCCAACUGUGUGGAAAUAGUUUCAGAUGCAAAACAUCCCUUAACAACCACACACGGAUUCACUCGAGAGAACAGUUUCAUGUUAGCAGUGUGAAAGGAGUUUCACAGACAUGA